CCGUGAUAUACAGCAGGCAUUCCAGGUCCGCUGACUUUCAGAGUUUAUCGCCCUGUAAACCCGCCGAGACGAGAUGCGUCUCUCUCUCGUGUUGCUGUCCCUGGGGAUCCCCCACGCUGUGCUCGCCGACCCACAACAGAACCCCUUAGACCUUCUCAACAACGCCGAGGGGCUGUCAAAUUUAAAAAAAUUCAUCUCGAUCGCAUCGACACUAUCCUCUUUAGUAGAUGAUGAAGAAAGCGACUCACCUGCUGAAAAGCAGCAGCAGCAGCUGCGCCAAGUCCAAGAAGAAGAGCCUGCGUCCAACGAUGCAUCCAACGUGUUAGAUGGUUUCGACAUCUCACAAAUGAAGAAUGUCGCGUCCGUGGCAUCGACCUUGUUCUCGCUCAUGGGCGAUAAUGCCGGCGGUUCUGAUACUGGGGAGGCUGCCAAUGCCAAUGCAGGUGCAGAUGCAGAGCAGGAUACCCCCGAUAUUCUGAAAAGGCUCGGCACCUUCGAGAAUCUCGCAUCGCUCGCAUCUGGUCUCAAUUCGAUAUUUGACCCCGACAACGAGGAAGGGCAAGUUCAAGUUCCACCAACAAAGCCUAAGGUCGAUGAAGCAAAGGUUGUUGAGCCAUCACCACCAGCACCAGAAAAACCAGAACCAGUUCCAGAAGAAGAGCCAGUUCCAGAAGAGCCGAUUCCAGAAGAAGAGCUCAAUUCCACCCCCGAAGCACAAGCAAUGCUAGCACGCAUUGAAGCCAUCCAGCGCAUAAACGCCCUAGUCAAGAAACUCACCGUCCUCAGCGACAGGACAAAUCCAACACCCAUAAGCGAGCGCGUACAACUCCUCUUCUCUGACCCAGAAUUCACAUCCACAUUCAGCUACGUCUUCGAAACCGGUGGAAAACUAUUCACACCUGAGCUCGUGGCUGUCUUCAAAGGAUUCCUGAGCACCAGCCCCGCGAUCCCGGACGAGUAUCGUGGCGUCGCGGUAGGCGUGCUGGAUACGCUCGCCUCGAUAUUCAGCCCCGAGUUCGCGGAAUACUACCGCAUCGCAAAAGAGGGUCUUGAUCGCGCAGGUGUAAAUCUUAUCCCUACUGUUGGGUACCUAUGGCGCGUGAUACAGUGGGCCAGGGAUACAUUGGACCCGGCAUACAUCAAAGCGCUGAAUAAUGAAGUUAUGCUGUGGCAUAAGGCGCUCACAUCAGAGCAGAUGGCUGAAUUUGUCGCAUACAUAACCGACGAAGAAACCUUGGGCCGGCUUACGGCUUCUGUGGCGCGGUUCAGGAAGACAUUCACGCCUGCCCGGGCGCACCAGCUGCAUGACCUGUGCAGAGACCAGGGAAUCUUUGAUCAGGGGGAGCUGGAGUACCAGGGGUAUGGGCAUGUCAUGGGCAAGAGGAUUAAGUUUUAUUUCGGGACUGAGCAGGGCUUUUCCGAGGUUGAGCGGUUGCUUGAUUUGCUUGAUGGUCCACUCCAGGGGCAAACUGUAGACGAUGUCGCUGGUAUACUGCAGACGAGAGCGCGUGCGCUGACGCCGUAUAUUGCGGACGAUCUGGCGACGCUCUUCCAACAGUAUGGCCAGGUCACUGCAGUUGUGGAUAUUCUGGAAGAUAUUCUGCGAGAUCUUGUGUCGCUGACGCGGCCGCUCUUAGACGUUGAUACACGCGCCGCUCGCAUCCUAUCGUGGGCGUUCUGGACUGAUCUAAACCAGAUCCUGAAUAAGGUUUUGUCGGUCCCUGGUUCUUCACUUGCAACUCUGCAAAAGCUUCUUGUUACUGCGUCCGAGAUGCUCGAUCCAGAACGGGUGAAGGGGUUGCGACUGCUGAUUGCCGACGCUACCCCUGGGUCGAAGGGUUUUGAUGCCCCAGGGAACGACAGUGCCGUGGAUACAGGCAGGAUGAUGGGAGUGGUGGAUACGGAAGCUAAACUGGCACCUGAUGUAACAGGGAAUGCGUUGCGUAUUCUGCUCGGAGCUGAUGCCCUCCUGGCACCUGAGCAGAUAGUCAAGACGCGGGAUACAGUUCGGGAGUUGAACGAGGCUGGAGAGUUUCUUGUCAAGGUCGUCGGGAUAUUUGAGGAUGAUGACGCUGGGGGAAAUGUCCGUCACGACGAACUAUGACUUAUGUAUUAUACUUCUUAAUGAUCAGGAGCAGUCUUCGAGAAGUCUACUAUUGGCUGCGUAUGCGCUCUUACCACCCCGUUGCAAUAUGAUAUCGUCAUGGCCUGCUGCGAACCAUCUUAUAUUUUCUUCCCUAUUCCUCGUUCAUCUUUACCUGCUCCCUUUUCGUUCAUCUGUUCUCCCACAGCUGCGCUACGCAACAUUUUAUGUCUUCCCGUUCAGCUCCCUCGAGCAUCAUCCGCCUGUAAACUAUUCUGUUUGUAUAUCAGAAUGUCGUCUUACGAAUCCUACAUAUUUGAGCCCAUUUACGGCGCAUACAACUGGGCAGAGUUCGAGGGAAAUCAGCCACUCCCCGAUGAGUACGUUCCUCCCUACAUGCGCAGCUCUACGGCGGACAAGAGAACUCUCCCUGCAAGAGACGUCCUCCGUAGAGCAUCCGAAUACGUGAACAACACCACCCCGUCCAUACCCAC